AUGUUGUCGCGGCUCUCCGUUGUCUCGUCAAAGUCUCUUCACACAUCUCGCGCCGCCCUCGGCAGCCAGGAAACCGUGAAGCUAUGGCUGGACGGACAGGCCGUUGAGUCGAAGACCAACGAAUGGAUCGAGCUGACCAACCCGGCAACAAAUGAGGUUAUCUCUCGAGUCCCCAAGGCUACCCAAGCCGAGAUGGAGGCCGCCGUUGCCUCCAGCAAGCACGCCUUCGAGAAAUGGAGCAAGACGUCAGUCCUGACCCGCAUCCAGUCGAUGUUCAAGCUGCAGGAGCUGAUCAAGCGCGACAUGAAGAAGCUGGCCGCCAACAUCACUCAAGAACAGGGCAAGACGUUGCCUGAUGCCGAAGGAGAUGUCAUGCGUGGUCUUCAGGUCGUCGAACACGCCUGCAGUGUUCCGUCGCUGAUCCAGGGUGAGACGUUGCCGAAUGUGUCUCGUGACAUGGACACCAUGUCCUAUCGUAUCCCGCUCGGAGUCACCGCCGACCCUGGAGCGGCCAUGAUGCUCGUCCAGCUCGCCAAGGAAGCCGGUGUUCCGGACGGAUGCGUCAACAUCAUCCAUGGUCAACACGCCGCCGUCAACUUCAUCUGCGACAGCCCCGACAUCAAGGCCAUCUCUUUCGUCGGAGCCGACACUGCUGGCAAGCACAUCUACGAGCGCGGCGCCCGCAACGGAAAGCGCGUCCAAUCCAACAUGGGCGCUAAGAACCACGGAGUUAUCAUGCCCGACGCCAACAAGGAGUCUACCCUCAACCAGUUGACCGCUGCUGCUUUCGGAGCUGCCGGCCAGCGCUGCAUGGCCCUCACCACCGCCAUCCUCGUCGGCGAGGCCCGCUCCUGGCUGCCAGAGCUUGUCGAUAAGGUGCAGAAGCUGAAGGUGAACGCUGGUUGGAAGCCGGACACCGACAUCGGACCCCUCAUCUCCAAGCAGUCCAAGGACCGUGUGCUGAGCAUCGUCAAGAACGCCACCAAGGAAGGAGCCCGUGUUCCGCUCGACGGAUCCAACUGCGUCGUCAAGGGCUUUGAGAACGGAAACUUUGUCGGACCCACCAUCAUUGCUGGUGUCAAGCCCGAGAUGGAGUGCUACAAGGAGGAAAUCUUCGGCCCCGUGUUGGUUGUGAUGGAGGUGGAUACGCUUGAUGAAGCUAUUGAGAUUAUCAACAAGAACAAAUACGGAAACGGAACCGCCAUUUUCACCACAAGCGGAAACACUGCUCGCCGCUUCACCCACGAUGCUGACGUCGGACAGGUCGGAAUCAACGUGCCGAUCCCGGUGCCCCUGCCCAUGUUCUCGUUCACCGGCUCGCGCGGGUCCUUCCACGGAGAUCUCAACUUUUACGGAAAGGCCGGAGUCCAAUUCUACACGCAAUGGAAGACGGUCACCCAAUUCUGGCCCGCCGAUGGUGCCCCCGUUGAAGCCCGUCCCCAGAUGGCCUUCCCUCAGCUCAAG